AUGAAUGGUAUUUUGACAAAACUUGGAAAGGCUAUCCAAGUUCCUUGGGUUGCGGAUACCAGUUUAUCAACGGUGAGAGUGAUAUAUCCUGAGAUUUCUGAUGUAACUGCUCUUCGUAAACAAACAAAACUAGAACAUUCUAAUUCUGUGUCGAAUGACCUAUUAAAACCUAGCUCAUAUUCCCCUAUACCAGUCAAUCUUAUACAUUCUGAAGUUCAGGAGUAUCUGGCGUCGAUGAAUGCACCUCAUCUUGUGAGGCAAAACAAAAGAAAUAGAGAGCCUUAUGAUAUUGAAAGAGCUAGAAAAUUUUAUGCAAAUGUGAAAAUUAUUAAACAAUGUGCUGCUUCUAAUGAGCUUCUUUUCAAUCUCACAAGUAGGGAAGUAAGCGAAAUAAUUGGCUCCUUAAUGCGAAUUACUCCGAAGCAGGCUGUGGUGACUUCGAAAGAUGAUAGAACGUUUCCUAGGGAGCUAUUUCAAGAAAUUCCUCCAAUCCCUGACUUUUCCUCAGAUCCAGAAGCUUUAGAAAGAUAUAUUGGUUUAAUUACACAUACAAAUUUCCAUUAUAAGGCUUCUUCCAAGAGGUGUGGCAUAAUUCCAAAAUUACUUCGAAACUUAAUGCACCCAUCUAAUAUCAAUACGAGAAUUUUGAGAACGACGACCAUGUUCAACGAUAUGAUUUACUACUUCAGUUAUAUUUCUGAUUUUGCAGCUUGCCGAGAGGUGUAUAGCCAAAUGAAGAUAGAAGGGGUACAGCCCAAUACGAGAACGUAUAAUCUUCUAUUGCGUAAUUUAGUGAAGAAUAGUACGCGAAUAAGAAAGAAAUUUCCAUUCAAAGAGGCUUUAUUCUACUUAAAAAAUAUGGAAUAUAGGGGAAUACAAGCUGAUCCAAUAACCUGGUCAGAAUGUUAUAGGCUGUUGCUUGAUGAUAUUUCAAGAGAUAUUUUUGUUGAAAAGAUGGUUGAAAAACAAAUCCCCAUCUCUGCAGACUUUUUGACGGCUGUGCUUAAAUCUGGAAAUUAUAAUUCUACAACAGCUAUAAAAUUCUUGAACACAUAUUCCGUUCCAAUAACUGCUAAUAUAUUCAAAUUUUUUGUAAGAAAAUUGAUCGAAGAGGGGAAUUAUGAAUCAGCUUGGAAUUUUUUAGCGCAUGCUAGUUAUAAAGAAAACUUCCAUGUAAAUUGUGACUGUUUCAAUAUACUGCUGGAGGUCUUUGCAGAGAAAGGACGAAUAGAUUUGUGUGUGUUGACAUUCAAUACGAUGAAAAGUACCUUUAAUAUUAAACCCAGCCUUAAAUCAUAUCACCUACUCUUCAAAGCUCUUUCUAGGAAUGGGUACCAUAAAAACUUUAAUGUUAUUUAUGAAUGGUUAAGAAAUUCUAUGAAGAAACAUACUUCAGGUUUAUUCAUUAAAAACUACUGGGUUAUAAAGUGUAAGGCAAUUAGUAAGUUUAACACCCAAAGAAAAGUAUCAGCUGACCAGUUAGCAAAAGCCACCUCAUUGAUUGAGGCAAGUGUAUGGUCGGAAAAGGGUUUAAAGCUAAAAUGUUGGAACGAAUAUAGCCAUUUAAGAAAGACUUUCAGGCUAUUAGGAUGUUUGCCAACGACUGUGAAGCCACAAAAAGCAUAUGAGAACACACCAUUGACAGUAAUUGAAGAAAAGGCAGCUUAUAAGGAGCGUAUUAAACUUAGAGCAAUCAAACAAAAUCAUGGUACAAAGAUUCCUUAUUUCAGCAACCAUUUCACUGCAUUGAAAGCUGAACUUAUGAAACGAGGAAUCCUUGCUUCAGAGCCGGAUAUAGAUAAAUAG